GCUGUGUUUCAGUACAAUCCUGGUUAGGGCUGUACCUACGAGCUGGUUGUCUUUCCAACCUAAAAGUCUGGAUUACUUCCAUUUAAAGUUACACCGUUUCGUGGAUAAGACCUUUUGGACUUUAUAAUUUGGGUGAUGGCAGACCCUAUGAUGAUGCCAGUCAUGCAUGGUGGACACACAAACUACAGAAUGGGCAUGAACACCAUGCAGGUACCACCUGCACAGCAACCAAGAAAUAUGUCCUCCAGCCAGAUGAUGCAAUAUGGAGUUGUGCAUUCUGAUGGGAACUUGCGGGCAAGGAUGGGAAUGCACCAGCAAAUGCCAGGCCACAUGAUGUAUCCCGGACAGGCCCAGUCCUACAUGGGGACACAACAACUUAUGGCAUCCAUGCACCUACAGAAGCUCAAUACUCAGUAUCAAGGACAUCCAAUGAUGAGCAAUAAUGGACACGCACACGGCCACCCAACAUACAGGAUGGCACCAACUCACCAACAGUACAUGCCCACCCUUAAUGUUACAGACACAGAUAUUGUGGAUGAAGAAGUGCUGACAUCAUUGGUGGUAGAGCUGGGGCUGGACCGCAUUAAGGAGUUGCCUGAACUUUAUUUAGGUCACAAUGAGGUUGAGUUCAUCUUGGAUUUUGUAAGCAAGCAGCAGCCUAAUACUGUGGCCUGCUGAGCAGCUCUUCUCUAAAAAAAAAAAAACAAAAACAAUUGCACACCCGUUCUCCAGUUGCACUAUUUGGCUUGAGGUAGCCAUCAGUUUAGGUCUAUUUUUCUGUCCUUUCCUGUUGAUAUUACAUGAUGUGAUGUUGCCACUGCAUUUCAUGACAAGACAUUUAGCAGGAAGUGAUUCAGAUGCCAUCUCCGUGCUUCAUAAAGUUUGCAAAUACUGAAAGGAUGUGGUGCUCAUCAUCAGGAACUGAUUGAAUUCUGAAAACAAUGUGGAACAACCUGAAGAAGGAGACUCUCAAGGAAACUGUUGGCAUUUAUAGAGGAGCUGUUGGUACAUAUUAUAAGAACUGAUUAAUGUAGACCUGGGCAGAUGUGUUUCCUGCAUACUUGUUUGUUUGUUUUAGUGUUUUUUUUGUCAUUGUUUUGCUGACUAUUCCAAUAUUUUUAAAUCUAAGUUGACCACAGAAAAAAAAUAAAAUGUCAAGACACUAUGCUAUCUAUAUUAUAAGAACCUUUAAGAAGGUUACACAGCUGUACUUAAUUAUAAAUAUAUUAAUUUCAAAAUCAGAAAACUUCAGCAUGGCUGUCUGACAAAUGAUUAAUCUCCCUAUAAGUACAACUUUGAAUGUAUAUUUCCUAAGAAAAAACAUUAAUUUUAUUAAGAAAAUCCUGUUGUGAAACAAUGCCUAUUUUACAAAGGGUAACCAGCUCAUUUUGUUGAGUGUAAUUUAAUAAAAGUUAUCUUAUGCAAAG